AGUCGAGCUCAGCCGAGCGCCGGCUGCUGAGCGCGGAGUGGGUACCUGCCUGGUGGCCAAGCGAGGAGCCUGGGAUCCAGGAGGCCGUGGUCAGUCAGGUUUCAGCCCACCUUGAAGAACAGGAUGGAUCUGGACGUGGUUAACAUGUUUGUGAUCGCGGGGGGCACUCUGGCCAUCCCAAUCCUGGCGUUUGUUGCCUCAUUUCUCUUGUGGCCUUCGGCGCUGAUCAGAAUCUACUAUUGGUACUGGCGGAGGACUUUGGGCAUGCAGGUGCGCUAUGUUCACCAUGAAGGCUACCAGUUCUGCUAUUCCUUCCGGGGCAGGCCAGGGCACAAGCCUUCCAUCCUCAUGCUACACGGAUUCUCUGCUCACAAGGAUAUGUGGCUCAGCGUGGUCAAGUUCCUUCCAAAGAACUUGCACUUGAUUUGUGUGGACAUGCCAGGACAUGAGGGAACAACUCGCUCCUCCCUGGAUGACCUAUCCAUAGAUGGACAAGUCAAGAGGAUACAUCAGUUUGUUGAAUGCCUUAAGUUGAACAAAAAACCCUUCCACCUGGUAGGCACCUCCAUGGGUGGCCAUGUGGCUGGGGUGUAUGCUGCUUACUACCCCUCGGAUGUCGCCAGCCUAUGUCUCGUGUGCCCUGCUGGCCUGCAGUAUUCGACUGAUAAUCAGUUUGUUCAGCGGCUUAAAGAGUUACAAGACUCAGCUGCCAUGCAGAAGAUCCCCCUGAUCCCCUCUACCCCGGAAGAGAUGAGUGAAAUGCUCCAGCUCUGUUCUUACGUCCGCUUCAAGGUGCCCCAGCAGAUCCUGCAGGGCCUUGUCGAUGUCCGCCUCCCUCACAACAACUUCUACCGAAAGUUAUUUUUGGAAAUCGUCAGUGAAAAAUCCAGAUACUCCCUGCACAAGAACAUGGACAAGAUCAAAGUCCCCACGCAGAUCAUCUGGGGAAAACAAGACCAGGUGCUCGAUGUAUCUGGGGCAGAUGUGUUGGCCAAGUCUAUUGCCAACUGCCAGGUGGAGCUUCUGGAAAACUGUGGGCACUCGGUGGUGAUGGAGAGACCCAGGAAGACAGCCAAGCUCAUGGUCGACUUUCUAGCUUCUGUGCACAACACAGAUAAUAACCAGAAGCUGGACUGAGGCCUGACUGCAGCCUGCGCUCUGCACACAGCACCUGCUCCUCCCACCCCAGCCUGACGUGGCCACCACUCUCAGGGAUCCUGCCCCCAAGGUGGUCGGAGCGCCAGUGUCCCCAAGGACACCAGUCCUUGCUCCCUGGUGUCCAAGGUUCCACAAGAGCUUCAGAGCCACAAGGAAAUCUCCAAGAUCUUUUUCACAAAGCAGAAACCCACAUGGAACAAAAUCGGCAAGCCCAGCCAUGAAAUCUCCAGAGGAGUCUGCACGAUAACAGCGCGGAGGAGCUUGUGCAAAGCAGCCGCCCUGGCCCCUAAUCACAGAGGACGCUUUCUUUUGAGACAUUCCUCAUGGACUAAGGCUGGAGAUACUUCUGUUGCUUCUGCUAUAUUCCCCUGCAUGAUCAGUGCCUUUGAUAGGAAGGAGUGUUAGCCCCCAUUCGCUGAACCCUCUUGUUUAGAUCUUAUUUAAGUUUUCCAUAGAGGAGCCAUCCAUGAAUGCAGCCCAUUGGCCCCCGGGCGUGGGAGGACAAAGGCAAGCUGGGAAAAGGUUUAGUUUAGAGAGGCGUGAGACCAGUGUUGUUGCUCUAGGCACAGCCAGCGCAGCAGAGAACACAGGUGGGCCAUGUGAUGGCCACCCAUGGAUUGGGUAUGUCGUGAAUGAACCCAGAAUAAUCAGAGGGAAGAACCCCUGACCGGGCUAGCCUCCCCUGCAUAAUUUAUUAUUUUUAAAAAUAGGAUUAAUAAAGCAAUAAUGUUCUAGACGUUCUAUCUAAUCAGACCUAAGUUCCCACAUACAGUGACUUGUGGGCCUCUUUUGGAUUUGGUUUUGCUAUUGAACACCCUUGGAUGUGAAAUACCAGUUUGCUAAUGGAUUCUGUGAAUUCUGUAAACAGUAACGUAAUUGAAAAAAAAGUCUGAACAGCUGUGAAAUUGACCACAGUGACAUGAAAUGUAUUUAAUUAACUCUGGAGCAGCAACCUGGUUUUCUAUUCUGAGCUCCAAGUUUGAAUGCAAUGUUGGUGAAUUUUCUGUUAACUUUAAAA